UCGGAGCAGCUCGCUCUCCGGUGGAAGAUGACGAGCGGCACUUUUUUUGUGUUUUACCGUAAAAGAGCUUCACGACAGAAACACUAAGAUCUCACAGUUUGGGGAAACCGCUGGAAUGUUCCUUUAAAAGGCAGGUGCUGUGACCCCGGCGGGAAGAAAGUGUGGCUGCAGGUAAAACCCGCACUUGGUCGUUAUUUGAUCUGGCUGCUUUAAUUCCUGCGGCAGAGUAACAGCAGUGUAACCUGUAGGCUGGAUCAUGUGGGAGAGGCUGGAAUCUGACACCUCGGGGCUUAAACACUCGCGUGCGUGUGCGCGCGGAUGGGGGCACUUGAUUUGUCCCAAAAGCUGCUGCGUUUAGUCUGUGCGCUGAGCGCGGGGGGACUGAGCCUGGAGUCUGGGGGGAGUUGUGGAGGACGCAGCGGGGUCACAGUUUCCCUCCGGAGCUGGGAUUAAACCACCUGGGAUUAUGCCACUUCAUUCCCGUAUCACUCGGAGGAAUCCUGCUUUAGUGUCUUUGCUGGGCUGCUCGCGCGUGCCAGUUCCUUCCUAACAGCGCUUUACUGCUCAAGUCCAUGACCGGAGAGGCAGCAGGACAGAGAGAUGGAAAGGGGUGGAGGAAUCAGGAGCAUCAAACUGCAGUAUCUACCCACAGUCACCUGAGCUACUGGAAGGUGAUGCUCUUGAUGUGCGUAUGUCUGCUGGGUCUUGUUGAUGGGUUGAUGCUUACGGAGGACAGUGAGGAGUCCCACCCUGCCGCACUGAGGGCUGAGGCAAAAAUGGCACAAAACCAGCAGCACCAGCCACGGUGGCAGAGCAAAGCUGCCUGGUCUGACCUUUAUGACCCAUCCUUGGUGGAGGAAGGUGAGGAGUUCAAGAGCAGGUGGCAACGUUCUCCAGCUGGCUCUGCUGCUUCCGGAAAAAAAAGAGGCAAGGACCACAAGAGCCGAAGGCGGCACCGAGACAACGGAGACUGCCGUCUGGAGAAGAAGCAGCUGCGAGUGCGGGACCUGGGGCUGGGCUACGAUUCGGACGAGAUUGUCCUGUUUAAAUACUGCGUGGGGACGUGUGAGAAAGCCCGAAAGAACUAUGAUGUAGCACUCAAAUACUUAAUGGACAACGGUGGUAUCACGGAACCCAAGGUUAGUACUCAGCCCUGCUGUCGGCCAACGCGCUUUGAGACCGUCUCCUUUAUGGAUGCUCGAACAAUCUGGCAGACCAUCAGAUGGCUCUCUGCAGCCAACUGCAGCUGUGUGGGAUGAGAAGGGCCAAGGACGCAGCUGGAUAAAUGAAUCAAAAGCUCCUGGCUGGAGGGAGAGCAGAGUACUACUCCUGUCUCUUCUGUGGGACCUCAGCUUGAGAGCUGAUGCAAGAGCUCGCCAGGACCAUGUAGCGAAACACCAAGUCGGUUGUGGAGGAACAGCACCAGCGAAAGUAGCACAGGGUGGCGUUUUCAGCUCCAGCUGUAGUGCCACUCUGCUGGAGAGAGGUUUACUACAGCUAUCAGUGGAAGAGCAGCGUUCUGCUGAUGAGUUUUGCAAUUCCACACCAAUUUGCUCUCAGCCAAAAGACAAGUCACUAGCUGUGGAAUAGUGAACUUAGAGCAUCAGAUAUUUAUAGAUCCAACUGUUACAUUAGACGACUGUGGAAGGAAUAGUUUGCACAAUUGUCCGUUCACCCUAAGUGUAAUCAAUCAGCCAAGACAUGUUUGACAUCUUUAGUUUGCUUUGUUACUUUUGCACUGGUUCAGCAAGACAGCGCAUUGGGAAGUCUUAGACAUAUCGUCAAGUGUUAGAAUCUUGGGAAGGUAGUUGGCACAAUGCUUAUUAGUGGUGUAUAAUCUUCCAUUACUUGUUAGCUACAUUAGUCUUGUAGCUCCAGUGCAAACUUCAGACACCACAUAUAUUGCUAAUUGAGUGCAGUGCUUUGGCUGGGAAAUUGAAAGAGGACGCACAGCUGAACUGGACAGAGAAAAAACUGACUUACCUGGGACUUUGUAGCCAUGCUCUUUGUGUCGGUAGUGAGAAGAACAUAACUGUUUUGAGAUUCUUCCAUAACCCAUUUGCAAAUUCUCAAAUUGCAAACAAACUGGUAAAAAUAAUCUGAAUAUCCGCAGUGCGAAGAUUUUGGUUAGGAUUUAGACCAGGAUUAAAGUUUAAGUGGUAGGUUGAGGAUAAGGCCUAGGUUAUAUUUAGGUUCAGUGUUAGAAUUAGAUUUAGAUUUAGGGUUGAGGUUAAGGUUAGGGUAAGAGUGAAGGUUAGCUUUAGGGAUAGGUUUGAGGCUUAGGUUUGAGAUUGUUCCAUGUCAUAUAUUUUUGUUAAAGGGCCUAUAAUCAUGAAUUUCUCUCACCUUUUGAGAUAAAAGAGUUUAGAAUAACAUGUAAACAUUGUAAAAGUUUCAAAACGUGCCAUUCGCUUCCUGGUCCAUACAGUCCAUAACUAAGCCGCACAAAUAAUUUGAUUUCGUUAUUUCUAUAGAUUUUUGGAUUCCACUGUGUGUCCACAUAUUCAGCCUGCAGCAGUUUAGCCCCACUCAUUCAUAGUGAAGCUCUAAGGAGCAUUUCAGUUCCGAGUGUUUUUUGAAUAAGACACAAGUGGUACAGCCAGUCAUAACAGAGCUCAAUGAUCUUGUCUUAAAGACACAGUAAAAAAACAGCCGUAAUUUCAAGGGAUAAUUAAAAAUAAAAAUAAAGUAUGACCAUUUGUGGUGCGUAAAACAACACAUAUGUCAUAAAUUUACCUUUUUAUGUCAUAAAAUACACGAUUCGAACCAUAGAAAAUGUAAAGAAGCAGCAUUACUGAGUCAGGAGAAGGAAAAAACCCAUGCUAAAAUAUGGUGCUCAUUCGCUGCUGUUAAUCACCUUGUAAAGCCUGGAAUAGUCAUUAUAAUGUCAGACGUUUUGAAUUGAUUUGAUUUUGCAGAAGUUUUUGAACCACAUCAUGUAGCUUUAUAUAUGACCUUCACACGCAGAAGGAAGUUCUGGCUCAAUGUUUAGGUCUCAAAUACAAAAUCAACAUUUUACUGAUGAAUAUGUGAUUACAGUAGUUGAUAAUUCAGUCCCAUCCUCAGAAGACACAAUCUUUUCCAAAUUUUGGGUUCUUUUUGAAUACUCUUUCAACCAGCUCCCAACCAUCGGUUUCAUCCACUUCAGUGCAAAACAUCAGAAACCAAACAUCUCAUGGCUCAUUGACUGCAUUGACUAGGGGUAAGAGGAAUGUUGUGUAUUGAUUUUCACCUUUUAUUCCUUUAGAAGUUCAGUUUUGUGUGCUUUGAUGGGAUUUAAGCUGUUACAGCGCCAAUAUGCAUGCUUAUUUCCUGACCUUACCUCAUCAACUUUUCUGCAUCGUUGUUUGUAUUUAAUCUUAAUGCUCCUGUUACUGUUCGACUUAAACAAACUGUUUUGAGACCGGAUCGGAUUUACCCAUGAUAUGCGUCCUAUUUUUAUGCUCCGCUCUUAAAAAUAAAGGUUGUUGCUUAUAGAAAAAUGGUAACACUUUAUUAGGAUGGUCCACUCUAGAAGCUUUGUAGAUGCUCAGUUUAAUAUCUAUAAAUAUCUAUUCAAUACAAGGCAAAACCUUUAAACCUAACCCUAAUCUUAAUGUUGGUGAGUAUCACCAGAAAGUUUGUUAAUAAUCGAAGUAUCUGUAGAUCAUCUAUAGAGGACCAUCCAAAGAAAUUGUGACUGGAAACACAAUCUAAUUGGUGUACAAGCUUUCCAUCAUGAGGAGGUUCUUUAAACCUUUCACAUUUACAAAAAAAUGGUCCAUUAAAGACCCAUGCACUACAAGGUUCUUUGGGGAACCAAAAUGAGUUCUUCUAUGGCAUUUGUUCCAAAUAGCUCUUUUUGGCACCUUUAUUAUUAAGAGUGUUUUGACUUAAUCUUCAGGUUCAGGUGAACUCUUCACUGGGCAUUACAUAAAGAAUCUGAGGCAAGAGUCUAAAUUUAGCUGAAAGUGCUGCUGUGCAGAGGGCAUCUGCAGGAUGGUGAAGCCUCAUAUCAUUAAGCUCUUAUAGCUUUCACGUGUAUAAGGACGUCUUCACUGGAUGAGCUCCCUACAGGGCAUAUACCUUCAACCCAGAUCAGCAUUGUACGAUUCAUUGAAGAAAAUGUAUUUCCCUAAUACAGUUUUUAGCUGUCAGCCAGUUCACAGUUUCAAUGCAGGCAGCCAGUUCAAUGUGAAAACAGGCAUGAAAUGACAUGAACGAAAAAUAUAUCGAUGACUUUCUGUGGUUCAGCUGUUACUCUGCGUUGACAAUGUUUGCCUGUUUGUGUUGACGAAACAUUGCCAGAUCAACGUGAAUAUUUUUUUUGAUUAUUUCGGAACACUUUACUGUCGGCUAUGUUUAUAAGGUUACGUGACAUCUACAUACGGCCUUUGUGACUACUGACAUAAGCCCACAUGAACAUUUAUUCCAAUAGGCAGCCGUUGUUUUAAAAGCUUUGAUGCCACGUUGUGAAAUCAUACAAAUGCGACUCUUUAGCUAAGCAGCAUUUCAUUCUGUUUUAAGGUGGAGAGGCAGAUGGGAUGAGAGAUGCAUAUCGCUCGUCCUCCAUUUGAAAACUUCCUGGAAGUUGAGCUGGAAAUGUGACACAAUCUCUGUUCAUUGAGCUUAGUGAAUAAUCGAUGCUCAAAGUGAAUAGGCUCGUGGUUUGUACGAGGCAUUGUGGGUUAGUUUUUUAUAUUAUGACAUUUUACGGCAGACUUUAUGGCAGAAAACAUUUUUGGAAUAAGAUUUUAUAAAUGUUUAUGUAGGUUUAUGUAAUCCAAGAAGGGUUCAUGUAGGUGUCAUGUAGCCUUAUGAACAGUGCCCACACUAAGGUGUUACCGUCACUUCAUUUCACAGACUUUGUUCUCAUUAUUUCCGGUUGCUAUUUCUGUAAAGGAUUCAGACUAAUUGCUACAACAGGAAGGGGAUGUGUUAUACAGCAAACAAAAAAGAAAACAAAAGUAGAUAUAUUUAACAAAUAAAAUGCAUCAGUGAUACAUAUGUAAACACCUUAUACAGCACACAGCAGGAAUAGAAAGUGAUUAUUAAAAAAAUCCAUCGGUUUUCUUUAUUAAAUUUUGAGCUGUUUUCCUGUGUAUCUCAUGUAUGUUGCUGAACAAUGUUGUUGGUUUAUUUCCCAGUCUGGUUCUUCUCAGUUUAUCUUAAAAUCUGGCUCAAAAUGAAAUACAUUUCAAACUUGUCUGCCUUUUUUUAUUCAUUUUGCAACUAGAGGCCCUAAUAAAGGGACAAGUUUGGGUCAGUUCAUUGGGAUCACAUGAAAAUAUAAAGGAAGAAAAGUGUAUUGGAUAUUAGUUAUUUUGAACUGUUCUGUGAACUGUCCUCUUUCCAGGAGAGCAGUGUGUUCCUUUCUAUCCGAGCGAUCUGAAUGAUGGCAGCAUUUCCCCUACUGGAUGCUAUGCAUCUUCUACUUUAUUUAAGGGAGAGAAUUAACUGUUCGUAACUUAUCUAUUUAUCAGUGUUUUCAUACAUUUAUUUUCAUGACUAUCAGAUGGUUAUUAUUUAUGAAUGGACUAUGUAUCUUUGAAUUUAUUACUCAGAUUUUUCUUUUGGAACUGUAAACAUUUCAAAUGUUAUUACAGGUGCAGUUAAGAAAAGAAAUUACGCAUCGUCAGCAAGUCUCAAUGAGCACAAAAAAUACAACCCUACUUUCUAAUACACAUACACACACACACACACACACACACACACACACACACACACACACACACACACACACACACACACACACACAUGCAUAAAGUCCAUGCGCUCUACAAGUCUUGUUUACAGUUCAACACCCAAAGUAAAAAAUCUCCACAUACGUCAUUUCAGUGUUGCGUUCUCUUACAUGUGGUACAGUUUAUCGAAACUGAUUAUUAUUAUUAUUAUUAUUGUUGUUGUUGUUGUUGUUGUUGUA